GAACGAUUCCAUAGGUCUGUGAUCUAGACUAUCUCUAACUUCUGAACACGAGAUGUUAUGGUAGAUAUAAAAAUUAUAUUUUAGACUAGUUACGGCACAUCUGGACCUAGCGAAGUGUCACCUAGCUAUUGAUAUAGAAAAUCUACAAUAAUCAUAACAUUAUAACAUAAUGAGUUUUAAAGAAUACAAAUCCACUGUUGAGUACGGUGAUACUGUAUUAUUAUACAUAGGCUAUAACAAUAUUUUACCUUUAAUAGUUAAAAAAGGUCAGACGCAUCAGACCAAGUUUGGGGCUCUUCCACACGAUACGUUGAUAGGCAAACAGUACGGUUCAAAAAUACACUGUCCAAAAGGUUGGAUAAUAAUUUUACAUCCAACUCCUGAAUUUUGGACAAUGUGUCUUCCUCAUAGGACUCAGAUUCUGUAUUCUACUGACAUAAGCAUGAUUGUUUUCCAGUUGGAUUUAAAGCCUGGGUCUACUGUAGCUGAAGCAGGCACAGGUAGUGGUUCAUUGUCACAUGCCAUCAUUCGAACAAUUUUGCCUAAAGGACAUCUCUAUACUUUUGAAUUUCACAAAGAACGAUAUAUGAAAGCAUCUGAAGAGUUCAUUCAGCACCAAAUUGGUGAUUAUGUAACAGUGACUCAUAGAGAUGUCUGUGGAGAAGGAUUUCAACUGACGAAUCUAGUGGAUGCAGUGUUUUUAGAUUUACCCCGACCUUGGGAGUGUAUACAAAGUGCAAAAGAGGCCAUCAAGAAAGAAGGUGGUAGGCUUUGUUCAUUUUCACCAUGUAUCGAACAAGUACAAAAAACCUGUGAGGAGUUGACUAAGCUUGGUUUUACUGACAUCACCACCAUGGAAUGUCUGGUUCGUAACAUAAAUGUCCAAAAUGCAACACUUCAGAACAUCACUUUAGAAGAACAAACUGCGCCAUCCUUCACAGGUGACGCAAAUGCAGAGACUGAUGAAUUUAAGUCUAAAAAAUUGAAGACAGAGAAUGCUGAUGUAAAAACUAGUAAAAAGUCAACUGAUAAUUAUUGUUUCCCUGCUGCAGUGCCUGCUUUGACUAUGCCAGGACAUACAGGCUUUUUAACAUUUGCUUCCAUUUAUAUGCACUGAUUAAAUUUUUAACAAAAAUAUUAUUAAAAUCAA